AUGGUUGGAGUCAAACGCUCUGCAGAGGCAAUCAGGAAUGAGACUUUCAUAAAGAAACAUCAAAAGGAGAUCAAAAAUCCGCUAGACCCUAAAACGGGUGUCUCGAACUGUAUUGUGGCUGUUCCAGUAUCCAUGUAUCUAUCAUUGGCACCAAUAUACUCUCAAAAGCCUCUGGAAGGAAUUGCCAAGCAGCAUUUGAACCCAAUGAUGAUGAAAUACAAUAACAAUGUUGACGGCGUGGUACUAGGAUUUGAGAAAGUGCGAAUUGAGGAUGCCAGUCCUUCAGAACUAGAAGGUGGCGCUCAGAAGCUGGUGAAGGUGACACCAGAUACUCCUUUUGCCUUUUUGUGGUGUAGUGCAAAGCUAUACGUAUGGCGUCCCCAAGUAGGCGAUGUGGUUGAGGGCUGGAUCUUCAUCCAGUCCCCUUCGCAUAUAGGUUUGUUGAUUCACGAUGCGUUCAAUGCUAGCAUAAGGACAAAUAACAUGCCCACGGAAUGGACUUUUAUAUCAAAUGAGGAAGAAAACGAGACUACCUCCGACAGCGAGACUGCCAAAAACCGGUCCAUGGGCCACUGGGUUGACGAGAAUGGUCAGCACGUGAACGGUAAACUAAGAUUCACAGUGCGAAACAUCUACAAGUCUGGUAGAGUUGUUUCCGUAGAGGGUACUUUAUUAACCGACGGUACUAGCCAAGCCCGCACACCAGCUGAAAAUCUGCCCGUUGUAUCAAACAAAAAAAUCAUUUUCGAUGACGAGGUGUCAACGGAAAACAGAGAAAGCCAUAAGGACCUUUCUUUGUCUAAAAGGGUCACAGAAGACAAUGGUGAAGAAAUAAUGUACGAGAAAAACUCGAGCGAUACUAGCUCAAGCGACAGCGACUAA